AUGCCGUGGCCCGUCGUGGGAUUUUACCCCUUUGGAGAACCCCGAGUGACGGGUUUCAUUCCUUCGGGCUCAAUCCUUCAUGUUGAUAAUCCAACUCCCCCAAAGGCGAUGUGGGACUACUUGUACCUAAAGGAAUUGAAAAGCUCAAAGAACACACACUACACACCAACUCGGUUGUGGAAAAUGGAAGGAGAGCAACAAUGGUUAAUCAAUUGCUUGAAUGCUACUUUGGAUACCGAUCAAAAAGUCCGUUCCUUUGCUGAAACAUCGCUUCACCAGGCCUCUCUCCAAUCAGGUUUUGGAACGGCUUUGUCUCGAGUUGCGGCCAAUAGAGAGCUUUCGCUAGGCCUACCUGCGGUUCUUUUAAAGCAAUUCAUUAGCAAACAUUGGAAGGAGGAUGAGGAAUCCUUUGAACAUCCUGUUGUUUCAAGUGAGGAAAAGGAAAUGAUUCGUAGACUGCUUCUAGCAUCAAUUGAUGAUCCCCAUAGGAAAAUCUGCACUGCAGUUAGUAUGGCUGUGGCAGCUGUUGCUCGUUUUGAUUGGCCAGAGGACUGGCCUGACCUAUUGCCGUUUAUUCUUAAAUUGAUUAACGACAAGAGUAAUGCAAAUGCUGUACAUGGAGCUUUAAGAUGCCUAGCUCUUCUUUCUUCUGACUUUGAUGAUAAGACGGUCCCAAGCCUCGUUCCUGUGUUAUUCCCUUGCUUGCAUACAAUUGUAUCAUCUCAUCAGCUGUAUGACAAAUCUCUGCGCACAAAAGCAUUCUCUGUACUCUAUUAUUUUAUCUCGAUUCUCGGUUCGAUGACUGGUGUGUAUCAGGCAGAAACAACUGCCUUGAUGUCAGAAUCACUUCAGCUUUGGAUGGAUCAAUUUUCAGAUGUUCUGAGCGACCCUGUGCCAUCCGAAGAUCCUGACGACUGGAGCAUCAGAAUGCAGGUUUUGAAGUGCUUGAACCAGUUCCUUCAGAAUUUCCCAACCCUUAUGGAAACUCACUUUACUGUUAUUUUGGGCCCACUGUGGCAGACAACUGUGUCUUCUCUUGGAGUAUAUGAGCAAGCAUCCAUCAAAGGUCUUGAAGACUCUUUUGAUGGAAGAUAUGAUUCUGAUGGUUCAGAGAACAGCCUAGAAUCUUUUGCCAUACAGCUAUUGGAGACUUUAUUGACCAUAGUCGGUAGCAAAAGGUUUAGAAAGGUCGUUGCACACAACAUAAAGGAAUUGGUGUACUAUACUAUUGCUUUUAUGCAGAUGACAGAGCAACAGGCCCUUACCUGGUCUGUGGAUGCAAACCAGUAUGUUGCUGAUGAGGAUGACAACACAUGUAGCUGUCGUGUUUCUGGUGCAUUUCUAAUUGAAGAGGUCAUUACAUCAUUUGGUACUGUGGGGAUAGAUGCCGUUCUUGAUUCUGCAAGGAGAAGGUUUAAUGAGUCUCAGAUGGAGAAAUUGUCUGGUGAUGCUAGUUGGUGGAGAAUCCGUGAGGCAACCCUCUAUGCUCUGGCCACAGUCUCGGAACAGUUGCUGGAAGCAGAGGAUUCUGGAGUUACUAAGUUAAAAGAUCUUUUAGAGCAAAUUUUUGCUGAAGAUAUGACUAAUGGUGGACACGAGUAUCCUUUUCUCCAAGCCCGUGUGUUUUCAGCAGUUCCCAAGUUUGUCUCUGUGAUCAACAGUAAAGUUGCAGAGCACUAUCUGUCUACCUGUAUUAGGGCAGUUGGCAUGGAUGUGCAUCCUCCUGUAAAAGUAGGCGCCUGUCGAGCUCUCUCCCAGCUUUUACCCGAUAUAAACAAUGAAAUGCUUCAGCCGCAUAUGUCAGCAUUAUUUUCAUCCCUCACCGAUCUGCUUAACCAUGCCUCGGAUGAAACCAUGCAUCUAGUACUUGAAACGUUACGAGCAGCUGCUAUUGCAGGUCGUAAUGUGUUGGCAUCAAUGGAGCAUAUUCUCUCUCCUAUUAUUCUUAACUUGUGGACUUCACAUGUCUCGGAUCCUUUUAUUGGCAUUGAUGCUCUUGAUGUUCUUGAGGCCAUAAAAGAUGCUCCUGGUUGUAUUCAUCCGUUAGUGUCUCGUGUUUUGCCAUUUACCACCCCAAUACUUACUAAGCCACAUCAGCAGCCUGAUGGUUUAGUUUCUGGUUCACUUGACCUAUUAACAAUGUUGUCAAAAAAUGCUUCCAAAGAUGUUGUAAGAGCAAUUGCUGAGGUUUCUUUUUCUCCUAUAGCUCGUAUUGUUCUGCAAAGUGAUGAUCAUACUGAAAUGCAGAAUGCUACCCAGUGCCUCGCAUCACUAAUUUCUAGUGGAAAAGAAGAAUUACUCACCUGGUGUGGAGAUUCUGGAUUUGCUAUGAGAACUCUGCUCGAUGUAGCGUCAAGGCUGCUGGACCCUGAUCUCGAAAGCUCUGGAUCACUUUUUGUUGGCUCAUUUGUUCUGCAACUUAUUCUUCACCUACCAUCGCAAAUGGCACAACACUUCCGGGAUCUGGUUAUUGCUCUUUUGAGGCGCAUGCAAUCUUGUGAGAUUGCAGGACUCAGAAGUUCAUUGCUUCUUAUUUUUGCAAGAAUGGUCCAUAUGAGUCUUCCAAAUGUCGGAAACUUUAUUGAUUUGCUAGUCUCAAUCCCUGUCAAUGGCUAUGGGAACUCAUUUUCUUACCUUAUGUCUGAAUGGACGAAACUACAAGGUGAACUUCAGGGGGUUUACCAGAUUAAGGUAACCACCACUGCUUUGGCUUUGCUAUUAUCCUCCAUGCAUGCUGAACUGGGGAGGAUCAAUGUCCAAGGUCAUCUAGUUAAGAUAUUAGCCCUACUGGCAGAUGCCAUGCUGGAAAUUCAAGAACAAGUAGAUGAAGAUAACGAGGAUAGUGAUUGGGAGGAUGUUCAAGCUGGAGACAAUGGGAUUGAUGAAGGGCCUCUUUACUCAGCUGGUGUUUCAUCUCAUAGCAGGCCCACAUACGAGUAUCUUGAUGCAAUGGCAAAAGUUUUGGAGGAGGAUGAUGAUUGUGAAGAUGAGCUCCUCAGUGGUGCUGACCCUGUGAAUGAGAUUAAUUUGGUCAAUUAUCUAGUGGAUUUCUUUGUCAAGUUCUCCCAGAGCGAUGGGCUAGUCUUCAAUAACCUGCUGCAGAAUUUAACAGCAGCUCAACAGACCGUAAUUAAAAGAGUAUUGAACCCGUGA